CAAAAGAAACAAUUGGUGAACUCACCACUUCGGGACCACCAAUUGGUAUCAAAGCAGGUUUCUCACUAUCUACUUUAAGAUUAACGAGAAGCGACCAUAAUGGUGAACAAUACGGAUCACGGUUUGCCCAAGUUUUCUCUUCUAGGUUAUGAUGAUUGGAAGAUCAUGAUGGAAGCACUUCUCUACGCUCUACAUGAUUGCAUGUGGAUGGUGCUUGAGGAUGGACCCUUGAAAAUCCAAAUGGAGAACCCUGAGAGGAAUCCAGCUGCUCCAGAUGUAGUCCAGUACAUUCCAAAGCCCAAAGAAAAAUGGGAUGAUAGAUAUUGCAAAAAGCACAAUCUGGACAACGUUGCCAAAGCAGCCAUCUUCAAGACACUUGAUCUCAUCACCUUCUCCAAGAUUAAGCAUCUCAAGACUGCCAUGGAGAUUUGGCAAGGUCUUGGGAAGCUAUGUGAGGGAUCAGAGGACCUGAGAAAGCAGAAGAUAGAAGUCCUGCUUGAGAAGUUCAAAAGCUUCAAAAUGCUUCCUGGAGAAUCAUUUGAUAUGUUGGAUGAAAGAUUCCACAAAAUAUUGAAUGAUCUUGCCUCACUUAACCACAUUCUUUCUCCCAAAGAAAAAAAUGUAAGGUUGCAGAGAUCACUCCCAACUGAGUGGUACACCAAAGCCACAGCAAUGGAAGAAGGAAGAAACCUGGAGAACUACACUGUUCAAGGUCUCCUUGAUGAACUCAGAACCUAUGAGCACGAGCUGAAAAAGAAGAAGGAAGAACAAGUCACUCCCUUCCCCACUGCAUUGAUGACAACUUCAAGAAUUCCAUCAAGUGAAGGGACAUGCACAAGAAACUGUGACACAUCUUCCUCCAGCCAGCCGUCAAGCUCAAAAAUGGAGAACUACGAAGAGGAAUUUGCCAUGAUGGUCAAACAAUUCCGGAAGUUCAAGAACCACUGGAAGUCAGCAUGCCUGUACCCAAAGGUGGGGAAGUACGGAGAAAGAGAAAGGAUCGAGAAGAAAAAGAAAGCAAUGGUUGCUGCUGAAAGUGACGAGUCAUCCAGCUCAAGCUCAGAUGAAGAAGCCCUCGUCUGCAUGGAGCGCAGAGUUGAGAAGUCCAACCGUGAGGAUAGGUGGACUAUGUCAAAAGAUGACACUCUCUGCCUAAUGGCCAAAGAUGAUGCUGAUCAAGAGGUAACCUCACAAACCUCCUGCACAUCUUCUUAUAGCACACCAACUUCUGAAAAUCUUUUUGACCAAUUCAAAAAGAUGAUGAAAGACUUUGAGGAGAUAAAUCUCAAACACACAUCCUUAACAGAAGAGAACAAACUAUUGAGUGAAGAGAAUCUCAAGUUGACUGAAAGUCGGAAAAGUCAACUGAAUGAGAUCACUCAACUCAAGACUGAAAAUGAAUCUCUCUCUGAAAAGGUGAAAUCCCUUAACAAAGGGAUAGGGAUACUCAAGUCCCAAGAAGCAGUGAACAAGCUGCUUGAAACGACCAAACAUAAGGGUCGCAAAGGACUUAGGUUUGACUGCUCUAGUUCCAAAAGGAAAGGGAAGACAACUUUCAUCCCUCCUAAACCUACUGCCAAACCUAAUAUGCAGAAAGGGAAGGAAAAGGAGAAACCAAUAGAAGUUCCCAAAAAGGACAUGGCAUCUCUCAAGAACAUCUCCACAAAUGAAGUCAUUCUCACUGGGAAGAGAAUCAGAAACAUCUAUGAAGUGAUAUGGAACGAUGUCAAGGAAGCAUGUCUAAUCAGCAAAGGACUCAAUUAUAACCUUCUUAGCAUAAGUCAGUUUUGUGAUAAAGGUUACUCCUUGGAAUUCUGCAAGGACAUGGCAUCUCUCAAGAACAUCUCCACAAAUGAAGUCAUUCUCACUGGGAAGAGAAUCAGAAACAUCUAUGAAGUGAUAUGGAAUGAUGUCAAGGAAGCAUGUCUAAUCAGCAAAGAUAAAAUUCUCAAGAACCCUAAUUUCUUCAGAUCUUCUCAAAUUUCCGAGAAAAUGAAUAUUGUUGGCGCUAAUAUCCAUUUCCAGAAGUUGGAAGCCAAGUGCUCCUCAUCAACGUUCUAUCAAUCCUAUCUGGAGAUGAUUGCUGCUCAAGAGCUCUCCGAAUUUCUUCAUAUGGAGAUUCAAUUCAAGUAUGAGAACGAAAUUCUUGAAUUCUAUAAAAAUGGAAAGGUCAAGACUGUCAAAUCGAAGAAGGACCCACAAAGGACGAUUCAAGUCAUCAAUUCCACUGUUGGAGGGACAAAAGUGAAGCUUUCGCAGAAGAAAUUGGGAGAAAAGCUUCACCUUCCCAAUUCUGGAGUUGAAAUUGGGAGACUUCCAGCCAAUAAUCUGGAUUGGAGCAUUAUUGGAAUUUCUGGGCAAAAUCCCUCUAGCCCAGCGAAAAAAGCUCAUCUUAACAACGACUACAGGCUAGUCCUUGAACUGGUUAUCGCAUGCCUCGAAUGUGGAAGUGGAGGACAUGCUGAUGACAUCACCCAAGAGAGGGCCUUCAUCAUCAAUGCCCUCAUUACCAAGUCUAAGGUAAAUUGGGCUGCUCAUUUCUUCAAUUCCAUCUCAAAGCACCUGGGAAAACCCAACCAGAAAUACCUUUGUCAAGGUCUAUACAUUGGACAUAUCUUGGAGUCCUUGGGUGCUGCUUCUGAAGGAAAGAAGUAUGAAGCCAGAUAUUGGCUGUACUAUCUGUCUUCCAAAGGGGAAAACAGAGCUGGUGCUAGCACAACUGCAGAGGAAAGUUCUUCAGACAAUGUCCUUAUCAUGAGUCUGAACAAAUCAGUAAAGAGGAAGCAAGUGGUGUCUCCCUCUCCCAGUGUUGAAGUACCACAGAAUCUUGCUCCAAUCAAUCUUGAAGAAGAAGAAGAAAUCUCUGACCAAGGAGAACUACAAAGGAAAAAGAAGAGGAAGAUCACCUCUCCCUCAACAUCUAGACAUGUCAAUCCGGAUGGGAUGAAGGAGAAGGAACCUAAUGAGGAAACCUCUGCUCACAACCGGAGUCCUCAACAACUUGAAGAAGAAAUUCCUCAAGUUCAGAAUUCUCCAACUUCCUCACAACCUGAAAAUGAAAAGAUCAUCAAGAAAUGCUUAGGUUUGCCAAUCAACUAUUGCUGUGAGCAAAUCCUGGAUGUUGACUGGGUAUGGCAAAAGAACUAUGAAGAUUUGCAUCUGGAACACUUGGUCACCUCACCAAUUUCAGAGAUUGAGGUGGAUGAUGAGGAUCCUGCAGUAUACAAACCAGUCCUCUCAAAAACAACAGAAGAUCGGGUGGUUCUCACUUCUGAAGCACAAGCUAACUUGGAAACAACAGCUGAGGAUUUCCAAAUAUUUCCGGAAGCCUCAUCUGCCUUUGAAAGUGUUCUACCUGAAGCUGAAGUCUCUACACCAAAACAGAACCAGGAAGGAUCAAAUGAAGAACUCCAGCAACUUCUCCAUUCUGAAGCUUUAGAGAUUCUCACAAAUCCUUGUGAGAUCACCAAUCCUACUGAAGCAGAGAUCCCGGAGGAGUCAACAGAAAAUCUGGAGAUGUCCAAAACUCCAGAAACAAAUGAAGCUCAAGAAGAGCAAGCUAUAGAAGCCCAGAGAAGUUCUGCAGAAGCUGAGAAGGAAACUCAAAUGGCAGAACAGGAGGCCUCCAAAUCUCCAGUAGCCAUUUUUGAAGGACAGAAUGAAGCAGAAGAAAGAGACUCCCUCUCUCGGGAUAUAUCAAACUUCACACUUGGGGAAGCAGAAGAAGAAUCUGAAAGAACCCUGAAGAUCAAUGAUGAAGAAGAUGUACAAGAUGAUGCUGAAUCUAUUCCUAUGCAACUCUUCCAAAGAACUCUCUCUUCUCAUCAGGUAAACAACUUGCAUUUCCAUAGCUCUUCCAUUCCUACUCUUCCGGAUGAGGUACCGGAAAUCUGGACAAAGAAGGUCCAAGGGCUGAUUGACUCAACCGUAACAUCUCAACAUGCCUCCUUUAAGCAAGAGAUAGAGCAGAUGGAAGCCAGGCAAAACAAACUGAUUGAGAAAUCCGAAGAAACACAUUGCUCCAAUCUCAAGGAGAUAAGCAAAUCAGUGGAUCAGACUCUAGAGAUCUUAUCUCUAUUGAAUAACACUGUGAGCAACACGAUGGAGACAUAUGAAUCUGAUAGUUAUCUUCAACUCAAGGAGGCUAACAACAUGAAAGAGCAAGUAGCAAAUGUCACAAUCAGUCUACAAAAACAAAUGUCCAUUCUCCAAAUGGACAUCAGGGCAGCUCUGGCAGUGUCUUCAGCAAAUCAAGUAGUAACCAAAGACUACUUGAAGGUAAUCAUUGACAAUCAGAAGGAAUCACACAAACUAUUCAGACUUCUUACCACAAAUUCUGGAAAUCGCAAGAUUGAAGUGGUUCUUCAACAACACAGUCCAUCCUUGAUUCCAGAGCUCCCCAUUGCAGUCAAAGAAGGAGAAGUCUCUUACAUUCCUACGCAUCUAAACUUGACUGAUCUAGUCCUUGAAGCUCAGAGAACCAAUCCGGAAAACUCAACACAGCGCUUAUCCAGCUCCGGAUUGGAUGGAACAGAGGCUGUAGGAACAAUUGCUGCUCACUUCUCAAAUGAAAAUCAAAUAGAGGAGAGACGGAACAACAUGAGGCGCAUCAAAGAACUAUGUGGAAACAUGCAAGGCAUCAGGGAGAUUGCCUAAUCUUCAAAGCGCAAGAAGCACUGAAGGCUUUUUUCAUCAAAUCAGGGGGAAAGUAUGUGAAAACAUUAAUUUGCUUUGAUGAAAACACCUUCUUAUUUAAACAUUGCUCUAUUGGUUUAAACAUUGCCUUAAUAUUUCUCUUAAUUGUGCUCACUAUGCUUGAUUAUAUCUAAUUCAAGUAUGUUUUUGAGAUUUAUUCUUAGCGCAUACAUUCAGGGGGAACUUAACUAGUUUUUGUCUAACAAUUGUUUUUGGCAAUGAAUUAUUGAUAAGCUC